GCCCCCCUUUUUUUCAAUCGCUGCAGACAAUUGAAUUUUAUAUAGUUGGUUCUUGAGAGUCUCGAGUGAAGAGGCAGAAUUUUUGACUGCGUGGCUAAAAGUGCGUUUUAGUAGCGGGGAAAGUGUUGUUUAUUUGCAGUUGGAGAACAACAACCAGUGAGAACAUGAAUAAAUACAGCUGCUUAGCUCUCAUUUUGCUCCUUGUGGCAACAGGAAAGGCGGAUGACAGCGAAUCCUGUUACUCUUUUGCCGGUGGUUCCGUUUAUCCCGCUGGUGAUCCCAAGGGUGACCAUCAAUUACAAUACACAAAAGCAGUUAUUUCAAAGCCAGCGCCACAAUUUGAGGGCACCGCGGUUGUCAACAAAGAGAUUGUUCAACUGUCCUUAUCACAAUAUCUGGGCAAAUACGUUGUGCUGCUCUUCUAUCCCUUGGAUUUCACAUUUGUCUGUCCCACUGAGAUUAUCGCAUUCUCGGAUCGCAUUGCGGAAUUUCGCAAGAUUAAUACAGAGGUGAUUGCUGCCAGCGUUGACUCGCACUUUACACACUUGGCUUGGAUUAAUACGCCACGCAAGGAAGGUGGUCUGGGCAAUGUAAAGAUUCCCUUGCUCUCCGACUUGACGCAUAAGAUUAGCAAGGAUUAUGGCGUUUAUCUGGAGGCAAGCGGACAUGCGCUACGUGGUCUCUUUAUCAUCGAUCAACGUGGCGUCCUGCGUCAGAUAACGAUGAACGAUCUACCCGUGGGUCGCUCUGUGGAUGAGACCAUACGUUUGGUCCAGGCCUUCCAAUACACUGAUACUCACGGCGAGGUUUGCCCAGCUGGCUGGAAACCAGGCGCUGAUACGAUUGUACCCAAUCCGGAGGAGAAAACAAAGUACUUUGCCAAGAACAAUUGAGCAGCGUCAUCCAAUCGUAACAUUUCCAUUUUUCAUUUUCCUCGAUUGACAUCGAAGAUCAGUAUCAACGACAUUAGAAUUCCAUGACUGUUUUUGUACAUAUACAUUUUCAAAAUGAAAGUGAAAAAACCGCGUUUGGUUUAUAUGAGAAAUAGAGUUUCUUUUAUUAUACAUUUAUGUAAAGAGAACAGCA